AUGGCUCCACCUAUUGAUCAACCUUCUCGGUACAGGCAUGCUGUCUGCCUCAAAUUACUGCAUGCAGUUGCAAGCAGCACCCACCCGCGCAAAUGUAGAUGCUGCACACGCCGCAAAGAAAUGGUUGGAUAUUGGCAUUCCCAGUCUGCGGAAUCUUCGAUACCUCAGCAAUUGGAGACGGGCGUCAUAGGCUCUUCUGGCAUUGAGUUCCAUCCCAGUGCAUCUGAUGUGAGUACACUUGGGAUUGUGUGUUUAGCAACUGAGUCACUGCUGGCUGACAUGCGAUAA